AUGUUUAACAGAAAAAUUAAUGACUUCAAUAGACACAAAUCGAUCGGUGAUCAUUAUAAAUUGUUACUUUUUAUUUUGAUCAUCUGUGGCUUCAAUUACGAUUAUUUCAAAUUCAAAAAAAUAUUUAAAUUUAUUAUUAACGGAUAUUGUAUCGUUUUGAACAUUGCAAUAGUUAUGGCAUCUGUCUCCUGCUGUGACGAUCAGGACGUUCCUCAAAUCUGGUCGUUAUUCGAAUACGUCGCAUCAACUAUUAUAGUUUUAUACAUAAAAAACAAAACUUCUAUUUUUUUCCUUAAAUUGAAAAACAUUGAUAAUUCUUUACGGAUCAAUCGGAAAUAUUAUUUGCACACCAAAUAUAGAUUAUAUUUAUUGAUUUUUACAAUUUGGUCCGUGAGAAUAGUUUAUACGACAUUUUAUUGUGUUUAUUAUGAUUAUUGUUACAAUGAUUUGCUUUUGUAUUUGUUGAAUCAGUUUUCUCUCAUCGCAUUGGAUUUGAAUAGAGUGUGGAGAUUUGCAAUAUAUAACGAAAUUAGAUAUCGAUUGAGAAUUCUCCGAAUGAGGUUAGGAGAAUGUCCUGAAUUAAGUUGUUAUUUGUUUGUUAUUAAUAACAAGAUAAGGAAGGAGAAUAAAGUAAGGUUUUGUUUAGAUUUGUAUCAGAAUAUAGCUGAUACUAUGGACUUGAUGAUACCAGAACUUCACGCUUCGCUCUUCGUCAGUGUGAUCUGUAGCCUGCCAAAACUUGUGAUAAAUGUGUAUCGCGUACUUUUGGUGAUAGAAAAUCACAAACCCUACGAAUCGCUCGGUUUUAUGUUAAUGCACAUAUUACAAAUAUCAUUUUUCUUAUUCUCCCCGUGUACGGUCGCCGAGCUCUUUUCAUACGAGAUAGAGAAGAUGAGGAAGAUUUUGAUGGAUAAAAUGAUAAAGGAAACUGACAAAACGUCGAAAGCCGACAUCCAACUUUUUGUCGACUACACCCACGAGCGCAACUUCCGUUUCAAGAUCUGGAGGAUCAUACCUGUCAAUCUGUCUUUGCCGUUGAACCUCGUCAACCUGUGCACUACUUAUGUUAUAGUUGUCAUUAACUUCACACAUUUGUAUGAUUAA